CAUUUGUUUAACUAGGAAAAUGGUAAGAAAUUGAACAAACCAAACAAGUCUUAAUUAGGUAAACAUUCAGUUGUAGAGAACUUACAAAGACAAUAAAGUAGUCUCACACCAAAGAUAACUCAACCAUGAAAAGCUUUCAUCUUAAUCAAGAAAGAUCAAUAUGAGAAGGAUAACAGGAUUUCUAUUUCUGUUAACAUGUGGCUUGGUCACAGGACAGUCAUCAUGGUCAUCUUGGAGUGGACAAGGUCCUCAAACUAAUGAUUUGACUUUUUGGAUGGAUAGUGCUUCUCAAUGUUCUGCCAAGCAGUUUAAUGUAGGCACAAGUCCCAUUACAAUUUAUGGAAAAGGUGCAGUCCAGAGCAAUCCAGGAUCUCUUACAGAAUGUCAGAUAACACUGAUCAGUGAAAAAACAGGAGAAGUGAGGAGAUUCCGAGUGGAAAUUAAACAGGCAACCAUCAAUGAACAGAAUGUUGCUUUUACUAUGUAUGAUGGACAAAGUACUGGUUCUAAUAGACUGUUUACUGCAUCAAAAGGAUCUCCUCCAAAUACACAGAUACAAUAUACAACAUCAGGAAAUUCUGUGACAUUCUAUUUUACUAGAAGCUCUCCUGCUAAUUUAAAUUUUAAUAUAGAAAUAUCAGUCCUUGCUAUCCCAGGGGAUCCUACAAGUCAAAAUGAAUGUGAAACCGGGAAUGAAUAUGGCUGUAAUUUUUACAGCUUUAAACAGGUUAUUGAUAAAGAAACAGUUAUUGGUAUUGUCGGAGGCAUUUUUGGGCUGAUUAUAUUCAUAGUCAUACCAAUCAUUGUUAUAUGCUGUUAUAGAAGGAGUAAAGGGGUAAAUAAAAAGUGGGAUGAAUUCAAACUUCAUGAUACAGUAACAAACACUGCAGCUGAUAUUCACAAUUCACAAGCAAGCUUAACGACAACAAAAUCUAAAAAGGAUCCAUGGACCUCCCAGAGUUCCAGAGCACCAUAUUCUGAUGUAAAGAGAUCUUAUGGAAGAGGGAGCAGAUAUAGCGAUGGUGGAGACAGUGAAUUUAGUGCGAGUAUUGACAUACCUCCAAAAGGUAGACCGCCUCCCCCUCCAUAUGAUGAACAUGAUAGGGGGCGUUCCUAUAGAGAUGGUCCUCGAAGUAACAGGAAUGGACAUCGAGAUGAUAGGAACAGGAAUGAUCGCUAUGAUGAUAGGGUGGACAGAGAUUACAGAUCGGAGAGGAACAGUAGGCCUCGAUAUGAAUCUGACAGGAAGUCUUAUUACAGUUCCUCGGAUGAUGCUUCAUAUGUUCAAGGGAGAGAUGAUCAUCCACAGGAAGUUUUCAUUGAAAGAGUUAUAGAACCUCGAGUCAAACCCAAAUCGAAAGCAGAAUUACAAAAGCGUGCGAAAUAUGAGGAAGAUGAUGAAGAUCCGUACGAUAAAAUUGUUGACAGAGAUAGUCCAAAGCUUAAACCAAAGAAAGCAGUGAAAGAGAGUGCCAUACAGUGUGAGCCAGUAUCAUCAGAGGAUAAUGAGUCAAAUACUGAGAGUGAUGAGGAACCACUAUCAACUGAUGAAACGGAUGAUGAAGAUAUCAUCAAGAAAAAAAAAAAGGAAGCACAAAAAGCAGCAUUAUAUGCAAAGCCAAGCAAAAAAGGUAGAAAACAGACAAAAGCUGAGCCUACUCCUACUCCAGCUGUUGUCCAACCACCACAACCUGUACAUAUGGUCCCUGGUCAGCAGCCUGUUUUCUACAAUAUGCAGCACCCAAAUGGUCCACCCUUCCCACGACCAGUACCUCCAGUACAACAGCCAUACUUUACUCAACCUCCUCAUCCUCGCCCAUUCAUGUCUAUGUCAGGUCUACCUUCACAACAACCCAUGGGAUACCUUCCUCCCAUGCCAGCAAGAUUUCCCCCGCCUGCUCAGGUACAGAGGCCACCAGCUCCUCCAAUGUACAAUGCUGCUCAAGGUGUUCCUCUGCAGCCUCCAGUAUUCACACAUUUAGUACAAAGAGGUUAUGGAAGACAAUCACCAAGUUUAGAUGGUUCAGAAGGAGGAAGGAAUCAAACUGACGAUUCGGACAGGACAGCUGAUCUAGGAAGUGGAGUAGAAUUUAUGAAAAGAUCAACUACAACUGUUUAAUUGACAAUGUA